AUGUCUUCCGGCAACAACGUGGCAAUUAUUGGCGCGGGUCUCUCGGGCCUGACGCUGGCUCUGGCGCUGCACCAGCAGGGCAUCCAGGCGACCGUCUACGAGUCGCGGCCGGCCCCGAGCAACAUUGGCGGGGCGGUAAUGCUCUCGCCCAACGCGCUGCGGGUGCUGGACGCGCUGUCGCUGUACAGCGUCGUCAAGCCGCAGGGAUACAGCUUCGACCGUCUGGACUUUCGCGACGGCGAGGGCCGGGUCACGGAGACGUACGAGUUUGGCGAUGCCGCCAAGUACGGCUACCAGGGCCUGCGGAUCUACCGGCACGUGCUGAUCGACGUGCUUGUGGCGGUGCUCAAGGAGAAGGGCAUCCCGGUGGUGUACGGCCGGACGUACUCGCACGUGGUGCGCGAGGACGGCGAGGACGGCGGGGCUGUGACGUUUGCGUUCGAGGACGGCACGACCGAAACGGCGGCGCUGCUGGUGGGCGCCGACGGGAUCCACUCGACCGUGCGGCGGCACCUGUACCCCGACCUGCAGACGACGUUCCUGGGCAUGGCGGGCAUCACGGCGGCCGUGCCGACGGCCCAGCUGCGGCUGCCGGCGGACGGCAGCUACCACAUUCCCGUGACGAUUGCGCCGCGGAACAAGAACAAGGACGCGAGCGGCGGCGGCGCCAGCGCAUUUGUGAUUGCGCCCCAGCAGCCGGACGGCAGCGAGGUCCUGAUUGGCAAGCAGCGCCGCAUCUUGGAGCACGAGCGCGCCGCCUGGGAGCAGCGCGGGUCGCUGGCGGACGGGCGCGCCGCGGCGGUGGCGUUCCUGCAGGAGGGCUCCGGCCCUGACAACUACCCCGACAUCGUGGCCAACGCCGUCGCGGCCAUCGACCCGGCCAAGGUCAACGUGUGGCCCUUUUACGUGGUGCCCAAGCUCGAGCGGUGGGCGUCGGCCGCGCGCCGCGUGAUUCUGCUGGGCGACGCCGCGCACGCGAUCCCGCCGUCGGCCGGCCAGGGCAUCAACCAGGCCUUUGAGGACGUGUACAUGCUGGCGCUGCUGCUGGGAUGGCAGUCGAAGCAGCCGAAGCAGGCGUCCGGUGACGGUCAGGCGCAGGCGGCGCUCGACUUUUGGCAGCAGUACCGGCAGGCGCGCGUGGACAAGGUGCUGGAGCUGAACCGCCAGAUCGACCUGCGGCGGAUGCCGGCGACGGACAAGGCGUUUGCGACGGGGGUGGCGCGGGAGCCGUUUGACCUCGCGUGGCUGUACAAGCCGGACUUUAAGAAGGACGUGGAGGACUGGGUGGCCCAGCAGACGAAGUAG